GGCCGCUUGCAGCGUAACCGUCACAUGGCCGGACCGAGUCCACGGCAGGCCUAUUUAAAGGCGAGGCUCUGUGCGCCUUCAGCACCACUUCGCUGUCCACCGUCUCGCGGGAAGCAGCGCGCACUGACGCAAACCAGCGACGCCUCAGCAACACGUUCGCCAACAUGCCGCGGUCUUUUCUCGUGGAUUCUUUAAUUCUAAGGGAGGCCAGCGACAAAGGAAGCGAGAACAACCCGCCUCUGUUCCCCUACUCCGUACACUCGCCGCACCAUCCGCACGCGCUGCCGAGCUCGUGCCACUCGCGGAAAGCCGGGCUGCUCUGCUUCUGCCCGCUGUGCAUGGCCGCGUCCCAGCUCCACCCGUCCCCACCCGCGCUGCCGCUCCUCAAGGCGUCCUUCGCCCCCUUCAGCUCACAGUACUGCCACUCGGCUCUGUCCAGGCAGCACUCCGCGUCCAGCGCCGUCAACCUGAGCCAUGGAGCGGGGAUUUACCCGGCUGCGUACUCGGUGCCAGACCCGCGGCAGUUCCACUGCAUCUCCAUCGAAAACAGCAACGGCAAACUUCAGAGCAGCAAGCGCAUGCGCACCGCCUUCACCAGCACGCAACUUCUGGAGCUGGAGCGCGAGUUCACCUCCAACAUGUACCUGUCCAGGCUGAGGCGCAUCGAGAUCGCCACGUACCUGAACCUGUCGGAGAAGCAGGUGAAGAUCUGGUUCCAGAACCGCAGGGUGAAGCACAAAAAGGAGGGAAAGAGCGGCGGCGGCGGCCAGAGGACUGCGUCACACAGCUGCAAAUGUUCCUCUCUGUCGGCCGCCAGGUGCUCGGAGGAGGAGGACGACGACAUCCCCGUGUCUCCAUCCUCAUCCGUCAAGGAGGACGUGGACCUAUCCGUCUCUCCGUGAACUCCUCUCCUCUAAGAAAAAUAUUUUCAUCCUGAUUUUUACUGCCAAAAAAGAAAGAAGGGGGGAAAAUGUGACUGUUCCACUUUGAGUUCAGCCUUUUGUACAUAAACAGAUAUUUAAUCAGGGAGCUCCUGAAUUAUUGUAUAGCUGUAUACACGUUGUACGUUUUGUAUGUAGUUUUUUUCUGAAAACAGCCCUCUGUUGUUACCAGUCCGUUCAGUCUGGUAGGCAUAUUUGUAAAGAAACCCACCUCCCAAAAAACAAUGGCAUACUCUGUUGAUUAGUAUUUUUUUGGGAGGGGAGAAAGUAUUUUUAUUGUAAACAACUGGUUGGAUUUUGUGGGAAAUUCUCCACUGUCACGUGACUGAGACAACUCUGAAACUAUAUCUUCAGUGUAAUUGAAAGAUAUUUAUUUAUUUAAAAAUGUUAAAUAAAAAUAUUUCUGAGUCGUA